AUGGAAUUUUCUUGUUCAGAUAGAGGUGGGCCUCGUGGUGGAGCGAAUGGAAGUGCUGGUGGCUAUGGUGGAGGUGCACCGAGGGAUGAGCAUGUUGAAGUUCGAGACACUGUCUUCAUCCAAGGAAUACCCGUCACUGCAAACGAGCAAUUCAUCGCGGAUGUGUUCAGUACACAAGGUGAUAUAGCACGUAAUGAACGCACCGGUGAGCCACGUAUCAAAAUUUACACGGAUCGUGAAACAAAUCAACCGAAAGGCGAAUGCACAAUCACAUUUGUUGAUGCAAAAACAGCGGAACGACAAUGCAUGACGCUUAGUUUUGCCAAAUACAAAUCGGAAAAUACGCGUGGUGGUGGUGGACGAGGAGGUCGUGGCGGUGGCUUUGGUGGUGAUCGUGGAGGACGUGGUGGAUUUGACAGAGGUGGGAGAGGACCACCGUUCGGUGACAGAGAUCGAGGCGGUCCAUUUGGCGGUGGCCGAGGAGGAGGAUUUGGAGAUCGAGGACGCGGCGGCCGUGGUGGAUUUGGUGGACCACGCGAUGAUUUUGGACGAGACGGACGGCCUUCGGGGACGGGUGCUAAUACAGAACCGCGCCCGAACGACUGGACCUGUGAUGGAUGUGGUAAUACAAAUUUUGGUUUUCGGCAAGAAUGUAAUCGAUGUCAUGCUCCAAGACCCGGUGGUGGUGGUGGUGGCGGUGCCAUUGGUCCAAUGAGAGGUGGUGGUGGACGUGGACGUGGCGGCGAUCGUCCAGGACCAUACUGA